CCUCCCCCAAAACGCCAAAACCCAAACCCCACUCGGCGAAGGAGAAGAAGCGGCGCAAUGCUGGAGGCGGCGGCGAUCCCUGAGCUGUGGAGCACCGUGCACGGGUGGUUCACCCCAUGGGUGCUGUUCAUCGUGCUCAACCUCGUCGUCCUCACCAUCUUCGUCACCUCCAUGGCCACGGCCCCGGCGGAGGGCGGAGAAGGGACUGCGCCCGGUGCUGACGGCGAGAGGAGGAACCUCGCCGUCCGGCCGUCAAUGGAGCUCGACCGGCACCGGUCGCCCAACCUGCCUCGCUUCACCGCCCCCGCCUCUGAGGCCCCGGCGACCGGAGUACUGGAUCUGGGGCAGCCCGACGAUCAGCCGCCGGCGCUCGAGAUGGAGCCGGAGAAUCCGGGUGAGCGCGAGCACGCGCGCAUGGAGAGGAGCAUGUCUGAGGCGGCCGUCGAGGCCGAGCUGCCGCGGCGGCCGGCGAGGCUGCGCAAGUCGGCGAGCGACAAGUCGGCGUUCGCGCACGUCGUGGCCAAGAAGGACAUCGAGGUGAUGGAGGUGCGCAGGCCGGCGACGACGAGGGACGCGGAGCGCGGCCGCCCCCUGGUGGCGAAAGCGGAGGAGCCGGCGUCGGAGGAGGAGAUCCAGGAGGCCGGCAGCGAGGUGGACGCCCGCGCGGACGAGUUCAUCAACAAGUUCCACCACCAGCUGAAGCAGCAGCGCAUCGACUCCUUCAGGCGCUCCCGGAAUGCGCUCCACCGCCGCCGGGCGUCCGUGGUGCCAGAGGCGCGCUAGGCUGGCGUCUCCCGCAGCCGCGGGUGCUCCACAGAGCUGCUUCCCGCGCUAGUAGCCCAGUCGAUGAAUAAUAAAUAACCAAACAAAAUCUGGCUUCCGAAUCUUUGCUAAGAAAUGACAUGGUGGCGAGCAAGCUCUCAAGCGUUAAACCAACCAAUGUUGUGUGUGCCGUUCGGCCAUGCGAUGCGCCGGGGAAUCUGAUAUAUGUUUAAUGCUGAUGAGGGUUCUUCUGCA